UCGCCUUCAGCUCGAAUUUACCGGAGGAGAGGAGGGGGAGUACCCGCGAGUUCCAUCCAUAAAACCACACGCCUUUUCCUUCAAUCCCGGUCUCACGAUCCGAGGGCCGCGCACUCGCAGAGAGAGAGAGGGGGAAGCGAUGCUGACGUGUAUUGCGUGCUCCAAGCAACUCGACGGCGGCGGGCCGCCGCUACACGAGCCGCCCGAGGACGACGAUGGCGUCGUCGUCGGAGGCGCCAGAGGCCCGGCCACCCCCAGCACGAGGGAGGCUAUCAAGGCGCUCACCGCGCAGAUCAAGGACAUGGCGCUGAAGGCGUCGGGCGCUUACCGGCACUGCAAGCCGUGCGGCGGCUCACCGGCGGCAGCGUCGCGGCGGCACCACCCGUACAGCCACCGUGGCGCCUACGCCGACUCCGAGGUGGGCUCCGGGUCCGAGCGCUUCCACCACUCGUACCGCCGUGCCAGCAGCUCAGCGGCGUCGACACCGCGGCCGCUCAGCGGUGGUGCCGUUUUCAGCAGCGAUGCCACGCCGUCGGUGAGCGCGCGCACUGACUUCUUCGCCGGUGAUGAGGAGGGGAUGGAGGGUUGCACAGAGGUCGACGAGGCGAAGGAGUGGGUCGCACAGGUUGAACCCGGAGUGCUCAUCACUUUCCUCUCGCUGCCGCGGGGCGGGAACGACCUCAAGCGCAUCCGAUUCAGCCGUGAGAUGUUCAACAAGUGGCAAGCACAAAGGUGGUGGGCAGAAAAUUAUGACAAAGUCAUGGAGCUUUACAAUAUUCAGAGGUUUAAACAGCAAACUGUUCCUGUUCCUGGUACUCCAAGGUCUGAAGACGAGAGUUCCAAGGAGGAUAGCCCAGAAACACCACCACUUAACAAUGAGCGUCAACCCCGCAUUUUCCAGAGAUCACUAAAGAGCAGUAGGGCAUUGGGGUCUUCAUCAUCUGAUUCUCUUGAGCAUCAGUCUAAACACCUUGGUAAUAUUCAGCACGGCCAUCAUGAACACCAGUGCUAUGAUUCAGUUGGUCUGGCAUCAACGCCUAAGCUGUCGAGCAUUAGUGGAGCUAAGACAGAUACUUCAUCAAUUGAUGCAUCAAUGAGGACAAGCUCAUCUCCUGAAGAGGUUGAUCGAUCUGGUGAACUUUCAGUCUCCGUUAGCAAUGCAAGUGAUCAAGAGAGGGAGUGGGUAGAAGAGGACGAGCCUGGUGUAUACCUUACUAUUCGGGCUUUGACUGGUGGGAUCAAAGAGCUUCGACGCGUCAGGUUCAGAUGCAAGAUGUUUUAUAACUCAAGACCAACUGCUGAUUUGGUGUCGGCAAAAAAAUUACUCUCUGCAGCCGAGAAAGAUUUGGUGAGACGCAUGCAAGGUUAUGGUGGGAAGAGAACCGGGCAAGGGUUCACGAGCAGUAUCUCUGAAGGAAGACACAUCAAAUUACACUCCAUUGCCUUCUUUACAGCGCCCCCCCCCCCCCCACCCCCACCCCAGCGACCCAUGUACAUCGCCAUACAUCAGGAAUAUUCCCUGGUUUCUCAACCAUGGUCAUAGAAAGCAACACUGCUUUCUACAUGUGACUGACUUCAUAGGCUUUUUUUUUUGGCUUCCUAACAUUUGCUCUGCUUGUAUGGCAAUCCACAUGAUUUUCUUAACUAUGUUGUCAUAAAUUCGGACAAUAGACAGUUUUGACUUUUAAGAAUACUGAAAGGAACUGCACUGUAUUAUGGGAUAGAAGUGCUUCCGUGCUUUUCCAAA